AUGAGUGCCAUCCUCUCCGCCGACGACCUGAACGACUUCAUCUCGCCCGGCGUCGCCUGCAUUAAACCCGUCGAGACUCUCCCAAAGCAAGAAGACUACAAUCCCUACGAAGUUACCACCGAAGACCAAGUCCAGACACAGAACCCUGCGCCCGCCUCCAUUUCACUGACGGACUGCCUGGCUUGCUCCGGCUGCGUCACUUCUGCCGAAGCCGUGUUGGUCUCGUUGCAGUCGCAUACCGAAGUUCUAAACACUCUCGAUGCUCAUUGGGAGCUCGAUGUACGGCAUUUGCUCGAGACACGGAAUGGCGCUGCAAAUGGCCAUCAUGCGCCACCGCCAGAUGCGCGUAUUUUUGUCGCGAGCGUGAGCCCGCAGGUCAGGGCUAGCAUAGCGGCGACUUACGGCAUAUCCGAGAAGAAGGCGGGAUUUAUGAUCGAACAGUUCCUCAGUGGGUCACAGGGACUACGGAUAGGCGGCCAGCAUAACAGCGGCUUUCAAUAUGUGGUCGACACCAAUCGUCUGCGAGAAGCAUGCCUGGUGCUCGGCGCUGAAGAGGUGGAAGCCGCCAUGGCGGAAAAGACUACACCAAAGCCCAUUCUGACGUCGGCGUGUCCGGGCUGGAUCUGCUAUGCCGAGAAGACACAUCCCCACGUCCUGCCGCACUUAUCUGCCCUGAAGUCGCCGCAGGCCAUGUCCGGCACCCUUCUCAAAUCUGUUCUCAGCAGGACCCUGGGCGUUCAGCCCUCGCAAAUCUGGCACCUGGCAGUCAUGCCCUGCUUCGACAAGAAACUCGAAGCCUCCCGCGAAGAGCUCACCGACAAAUGGUGGCUAGACUCCGACCCUUCAUCGACAGCCAUUCGCGACGUUGACUGUGUAAUCACAUCCCGAGAACUCCUGUCUCUCGCCGAGAGCCGCGGCAUCCGCCUCGCCGAUCUACCUCUCACCCCCAUACCGUCUUCAUCACAGCCAGCAUUCCCCGACUCAAGGAUAUCCCGCUUCCUAUUCCCCCGACCCCGUCGGCGCACUGAGCCCCAAACAAUCCCCGAAGCCGGCUCUUCUGGCGGCUAUCUCUACCACGUCCUCAAGACCGCGCAGGCCCAGUCCCCCGGAAGCACCAUCACCACACUGCGGGGCCGCAACGCCGACGUCGUUGAAUACGCGCUCACCUCCGCAGAUGGGAAUGUGUUAAUGAAGUGCGCGCGCUACUACGGCUUCCGCAACAUCCAGAACCUGGUGCGCAAGCUGAAGCCCGCGCGACAGUCCAAGCUUCCGGGCGCCGCGAAACGAGCCCCCACCAAGGACGCCGGCUCCGAGUACGCGUACGUCGAAGUCAUGGCUUGCCCAGGCGGGUGCACGAAUGGCGGUGGGCAGAUCAAGGUGGAGGACGUGCAAGGCGUGCUCCCGGAUUCAACCGCGGAGGUCUCGGUGGGCAAGGUGACGCCACAGGCGCAGAAGGAGUGGCUGGGCCGCGUGGACGAGGCUUAUUACUCUAUGGACGAGAGCGAAGCUGAAGCUGAAGGAGACAACGAUGUCGAGAUGACCAACAAUGGCCCCGCCCCAGAGCACGUGAUGGUCAACGGCGUCGAUGUCACGGACGUGAAAGAUCUGCUGGCUCACUGGGCCAGCGUUGUCGGCGUGUCGAUGGAUCGGCUGGCAUACACGACGUUCCGCAAGGUCGAGAGCGAUGUGGGCAAGAAGAAGGCGAAAGAUAUCAGUGAUACGGAACGUAUCGCUUCUAUUGCCGGGCUGAGUGGUGGGGGCUGGUGA